CCUGCCCCCAAACCAAAACCGUAAAUCCAAUUCCAGCCCCCAAGUCCUUUCCCUAACCCUGAUCCAAACCCCUACCUGCAGACUUUCGUUUUCCCCUAACCAUAACCCUAACCCUAAUAUUACAGUUAACUAAAUUAGCCUUAACCUUUGUCUCUUUCUAAACCUAUCCAAUCAGAAUAUAUGCCUAAACUUAACCUUUAAAACAGGCCUAACACUUUCGGACCAAAGCCUUUAACAUUUAUUAAAUCAUGUAAACCUAUUUAACCGUAAUGUAUAUUGGAACCAAAACAAACUUUAACCUAAUUCUCUAAAAACUUUUACAUCAUUGCGACACCAUGGUGACUCAUGAAGUAAGCAUUGAACGUGAUUACUGGACCCUGGGAACAGAGUGACAAGCGCCGGCCCGUGCAUUGCCUUUGAUUCUCUAUACCAAACUGCUCUAGUCAUCAGACAUAGUGGGGAGAGUCAUCGAGAUAGAACUACUUACACCUAACCCGCCAGUGCCUUCGGACAACCAUUCCCAUGGGUAGCCUUUAAGAUCACGAUCUGGUCUGUUGGAAUGGUGGGUGUGAGAAAGGCUUAGGUUGCGGUUGAGACAGAUUCACUGUGUCCUGCUCCUCUGCCGAAAUCCAUCUAUCUGGUUCGACAGAUCUUCUUUGCAGACUUCUGAUCACUAAUACAAUAUAAUUGAUUAGAAUCCACGGUCAGGAUUUUCCAUGCCCCUUUCUGCUCUGAUGAAGAGUUUAAGAGGAGCAAUGGGAGCGGAGCCCGCCUAACCCGGCAAGGUUGUUGUUGAGACCUAAACCAGUGUCCAACUUCCAAGUCUCUGAUCCAUUCCUACCCUGGUUCUAUAAAUAAUAACUAUAUUAAUUUACUUACCAUAAGUAUCCGAAGACAGGUUUUCCCACAUCCUUCUCUGCUUUUUGGAGGAGGAUUACAGUAUGAUGCGAUCAUGGCUUUCCUAUACCGGCAAGGUCGUUGUUGAGACCUAACCAGGUGUCCAACCUCCAGCUCCUGAUCCAUUCCUACGCCCCUAGCCGCAGACACGGAACCAGAUCCAAAGCCAAACGGAAAUUGGCAAAUCAGAUUCUGCAUUCCCUCGCAAGUAAAGAACCACAUAUGGAACCACUUCAGAUGAUCGCUAACAUAACUCCUCAACCACCAAUGACUGGACCUACAACCUACACCAAAGAAAAUACAACUAUGAGCAGUACUUACUCCUCGAUUACGACGCACAUUCCACAUUCUCCUCCACCCUGCAGCCCGGUCUUCUCACUCCCACAAAGUCCAUCAUCUACCACAUCUCAAUUUGAACCAAGCUUUCUUACCUGGACCACUUGCUUUAAUGCUGACCCCCCGAUCGACCAGAGUCCUAACAUUUCACCCCCUACACGAGACCUUCCACUGACACACUAUAAUUUGGAUCAGGACCUGGAUUCAACCAAUCCAGAUACAAAUCUGGAUGAACUUCUCAAUCUAAUCUACGAAACAGAAUGUGCCAAGUUCGAACGACAUGAACAUGGGGGUAACAAAACUCUCAACUGGUCAUUGACACCCACAAGACCAAUCUUGAUUAUAGGGGACUCAAACCUAGCCAGACUGCUGUUAAUUCAAGACAAAAGAAUCCAAGUGGAUUGCUAUCUUGGAGCAAACAUGGCACAUGCCACACAUCUACUACGACAAAAAACCCGCACUUCCAUUGACACUCAAACAGUCGUCUUAUCGUUUGGCAUUAAUGACCGUGACAUAACCAACCCUACAUUAAUGGAACAAAGACUGAAACGUCUCAUCAACACGGCGCAAAUUACCUUCCCAUUUGCUGACAUAUUUGUUCCUCUGAUUAACUACUCUACAAAAUUUCAACCAACAACACAACGGAACAUCAAAACCUGGAACAGUACCAUCAAGGAAUCGGACCGCUACAUCACAAGCCUACCUCGAUCCCUUUUUCACACAGCAAGGGACAACAUCCACUGGACACCAGACACUGCCACAGCCAUGUGGAAUCACUGGCAGUCUUUUUUAGCCUUGGCCCCCAACCCACACGACAACACCUGACAACUCCCUCUCCCAAUAAUACGGUGGUCAAUUUAUCAACAUCACGACAUAUCUCCAAAAGCCACCUACAAAUCUUGGACAGGGGACUCUCCUUCAUCCCCACAUCCACCAAAUACCGGGACAUUCGUAAAUCAUUGGCAGGAUAUCUUCAACAAUAGCACAGAUGCCUUAAACUACUCACUCAUUUUGGUCCCUCGGCUCCCAAAAAGACUGCCCCUUUACACCUUAAGUCUACUUGGGAACCAAAAAACAGCGACCUUCCCAAGUCUCUACAGUAAUUAAUCCAAAAAGACAAAAAAGACUUGCUCACCUGUCAAAUACUCAACGAAAAACCAAAUUUGACUGCAAGAGAAACCUCACAACUACAGGAAUUAAUUAAUCUAAAAACUGUAGUGUUCAAACCGGCGGACAAAGGAUCAGCAGUGGUAAUCCUGGACAGAAAGGAUUAUGUUUUGGAGGCCUUGAGACAAUUAGAGGACCCCACUUACUACCAACUUUUGGACAAACCGAUUUACCCACACACCGCCACUCAAGUUCAUGAAAUUUUGGAACAGCUGGUACGCUUUAAACACAUCACACAAUCUCAGUUCCUUUAUCUCAAGGGCCAAUCGCCUCCACGACCGAGAUACUUCUAUCUACUCCCAAAGAUCCACAAACCACCGGAAUCUUGGACAAUCCCCCACAAGAUUCCUCCCGGAAGACCAAUUAUAUCUGAUUGUGGCAGUGAGUCUUAUGGGUCAGCGGAACUUCUUGACCAUUUUCUAAACCCACUCUCAAACAGACAUUGUAGUUAUGUCAAGGACACAAAUGACUUUGUGAAGAAAGUUCGUUCCCUUACAUUAACGGAACACUGCUUUCUUUUCUCAAUGGACGUCGAGAGUCUGUACAAAAAUAUUGACGACGAAAAAGGUAUUGCAGCGGUUGAAAAGACCCUCAAAAGAUACCGCAAUCCACAGAGACCGGACAAACAAAUUUUGUCCAAAUCAAAGGUACAGCGAUGGGGAAACGCUUUUCUCCAGCAUAUGCCAAUAUUUACAUGGCAGAAUGGGAGGACUCAGUGUUUUGCAAGUGCCAAAAACUUCCAUUGAUCUAUCUACGUUACCUGGACGAUAUUUGAGGUGUCUGGACACACUAUGAAAAUGACUUUGAACUGUUUGUCAAGACUGUCAACGAACACCACAGUUGCAUUAAACUAAAACCAGUCCUUCAUCAAACCGAAAUUAAUUUUUUGGACACUACAACUUUCAAAGGCCCAGACUUUGCUACAACAGGUAAGUUGGACGUAAAAGUCUAUUUUAAGGAUACAGACACAUGCACUACUACACUGUAGUAGUUUCCAUCCUAAACAUACAUUCAGGGGAAUCCUACGAUCUCAAAUCCUGAGAUUCAAAAGGAUUUGCACUAGAGAGGCGGAUAGACGGACAGCCACACAAAUCCUGUCCUGUGCCUUACGAGACAGGGGAUAUUCUCGCUCCUUCUUGAGACACAACCAAGGAAGUUCUGACUGAACCUCUUGUCAGUCAGAACCGUACCUCAUCCUCUACGGAAACACCAAUUAUCCUCAUUGUCUCAAUUAAUUCAUCAACCGGCAAACGACUACAACACAAGCUUAAGAAAAACUUCCAGGAACUCAUGGAAGGGACACAACUUGCAUCCAAACACAGACUAAUCUCUGCGUUUAAGAAAAACCUAAAUCUACAGGAUCUUUUGGUUAGAGCACGUCUUCCCCCCUUAAAAACCAAGACCAGUCUACCAACGGGACCUCGUGUGAUCACCAACCACCAAAAUAAGGGACGAAAAACCGAUACAGCCCUGGUACGACACUUCCAAUCACACGGUUUAAACAACCUCAGGAUGGUUGGUUUGGAAAGUCGUGCAGGUUGGACUCAGGAGCAACGGAGAUCUUCUGAAAGGAAAUGGAUAUCACGACUAGGUUGCAGAAUUACAAACGGUCUAAAUGACAAAUAAGAAUUGAAAAUAAUCCAUUUACCAAUGUAAGGUAUUUUGAUUAAAAAAUAAUCCAUUUACCAAUGUAAGGUAUUUUGAUUAAAAAUUACAUUAUGUAAAUAAUUAUUAAGUGUUUGACCUUUAAUCUUGUACAUAGUUAAAUAAUUUAAUUAGUUUUUCACUUUCCUACUCAUGUAAUAUGAUCAGUUUGUUUGAGAAUGUAUGUCUAUGGGAUCAUUAAAAACCAAACAAGGCAGGGACUGGAGUGAGGAUAUUUGAUUCAAUGGCAACUGCCUCAUGGAAUCUGUGAUCUGACUGGUCCCAAUGCCUUGUUGUUUUGAAGUUUCCUAUGUCAUCAUCUCAGAAUUUAAUUAACCUAAUUUAACUGUAAACAUAGUCCUACACUUGACUAUAAACUAAACAUAAUUUAACCCCUUUUAAACUUAGUUUUAUUAUUUUGAUUUAACCCUCUUUGCAAUCUUGACUACAAUUUUGUCACCACAAUUUAAACCAAUUGUUUUGUUUUCAACACUACCUCUAAUACUCAAACCGUACUACAUCAAGCAAGGAGCUGUGAUGAGAAACUAAAAACAACAUUAUUUCAAACUGGAAGAAAACGCAAUGAGUUACUAAACCCCCGCUAUUGUUUCUUGAAACAUACAACCAAACCUUUUUCCUUAGCCUUUCUUAAGCCUAACCAUGAGUUCUUUAACCCUAUGGAGUGAACCAGGGGCCCCUUGCAUGGGGGGGGGCAUUUCUUCCCUCUUUGGAAUAAUUACCUUAUAACUUCAGAUAUAAAAGUCACAGACACAUGCCUGAUACCUAAAAGCAAAGUUGACCGCUUUACAAUUGAUUGUAGGAAGUUCAAUAACGAGAUGAAUAACCUGUGUAUAAUUUAUGGACAUGCGAAUAUAACAAAAACAGCUGGAAAAAUACAAAAACCUGUCUUUGUGUCUUGGAUUUUU